AUGUUAACAACAUUGGGUAAAUCUAUUGUAGGUCUUUCAUCAUUUUCAUUAUUACCAUCUUGUUCUAUUUCUUCAUCAUUUACUGGUAUAUGGUUACAACCAGGUCUUGUUGAUUUAAUAACAAUCAAUAAUACAUGGUUUUCAUUAAAAGGAACAUGUUUAUAUGGACAACAAGAUGUAAAAUAUAAAUAUAUUUAUUAUAAUGAACAAACAAGAUGUAAACGUUGUAUUCUUUUUAUUCCAAGACAUUCAAAUGCAUUACAAUAUCGUGAAAGUAUGUAUUUAUAA